AUGGCCACCCCUUCCUAUGGCGAUCGACCCCAAAUACAAGGGUUUCGGAGGUCCUUCACUCUGCCUGCGCGACAGUUGUCCGUACAUGAGAAGGCAGGUCUCGACAGAUCAGAUGCUGAUGCCAAUGUCUUGUUUUCUCAUCCCUCGGCACGUAUAAUUGCCUUCUCCCCGCCCAAAGAAUCAAUCCCUGCGCAAACCAAAGACAUCCCACAUGACACCGACUACCCGGUCGAUACAAUAGAAACACUACCAUGGAGGUCGAGAACGGAAACCUUAGCUGCAACCGGGCAGAUCAUGAUCGAGAAAGUUCGCGGCUCGAGCAAUUUUCUGAAGUCCGCGGACCAGAAAGUCAUUCACACCAUCAUGCGCAACUCGCAAUGUUGGUGCGUUGAUGGGGAAUCCAAAUUCGUUCUAAGAACUGGAAAAUUCCGCUAUUACCGAAUAGAACUGCCGUCAGAAACAGAGGAGGACAAAAAGAAGGUGGAAGAGCUGAAGGAUGUACUCAGUAAAGUUCUCAGGUAUGAGAGAACACCCUGUCCGUUCAAAAGAGCUUUCCACGUCGAUCUCCCGGAGGACGCCAUUACACCUCGUCGGAAAGGUGUCUGGAAAAGGAGGCAGCCUUCGCAACCCACAAGUCCUUCAACAGACCCAUUGCCUCUUCGUAGGUCGAAGACAUCGCGGGCAUGGAGUUUACAAGGCCCGGCAAGCUCGACGCCCUUGCAAACAUAUGGUCGUCGUGGAUCGGAUUAUGGCUACUCUUUGUCUCGCGACACCUCCCCCAUGCCAACUUCGGAAGGUGACAGGUGGCGCCCAAGUACACCCUCCAGCCUUGCAUCUAGUGAACUUAUGAGCGAGAGAGCAUAUGAGGAACUAUCUGGUCAGGAGGCGGAAGAUCAUAAUGACAACCCCUCGCCAAUGCCUGAGGAUCACGUCAUGGACGCCCAAUUCGACAUGCAAGGCGAUUCUCUCUCUUCUAGCAUGUCUUCUAUAGAUAGACGAUCGGAUCAUGCCACUGAGAAUGAUUCGACAGCGCCAACGGACGCUGAUCACAAGGAGUUGAACAUUGCUCCAGAACCCUGCCCAGCAGGAAUUGUGGCAGAAGAAGACGCUCCAGUUAAUGAUGUGACCACCCAUAUUCCUUCUAUAGCAGAAGACGAACAUACGCCGGACAAGAACUCCAACGACGAAAGGGCCGAGUCCUUUUCUCGGCAGUCAGAAGGCGACCUUGUCCAGAGUGACACCACUGCGGUUGAGCCAGACUCUCAACAAGUUUUGCAAGCGACAAAAGAGAGCAUUUUGGCAGAGGGGCAAAGUCCUCUUGAAGAAUUGUCACCGGUGACUGAAUCCCCGGUCGUAUCCGCUAGACCAGCGAUCUCCUCCACAUCAUCAAUUGACGAGGACGCUCCAGAAACCCAAGCCGCAAAUGACGAUGUUGACCCCGAAGUAACAACUACAUAUCACGAUUCACAGCAAGAAGAGAUUCCAUCAGAAGCCGCACAAUCACAUCCUGACUUGGAUGGACUCGAUGAAGCGGAGGAACCAUCAAACGAUGAUGAUGCACUGAGCAAUGUUUCAAGCGUGGACUCCUUCCACACGACCAAGUCUCUGGCGGAGGACUCUUCGGAACAGCCCGCAGGGCCCUUUGACACAGAAAAGACUCCCCAAGACGAGAGAUUGAAUCCAUUUUCCUUGGUGAAACCACAACAUAAAAGGGGUGUUUCCGAGACGACUAUAACAGCCUCAAAUGCUGACGCUCACCAAUCUGCGGACGACUCAUCAGACAAACCAUCAACGCCCGCGUUAGGGAGAUCGCCUACUUCAGACUCAUCGUGGCCGGAGGUACGUACCCCAGAGUCACCGGUUACUGCCGGUUUGAGACGACGUCUUGAAAGGAAACGGUCACUUUCUCCUCUCCCUCCUCCAACAACAAUCUUCUCACCACCGUCUCCCACCCAAGGCAACCACUUUACUUCCGAGAUCCUACACAAGGCUUGUAGUAUAGCCUUGGUCAAGCCUAUCGAGGCUGUUGUUCUCCUUAUCCAUAUACUUGCUAGGAUUGCCGGAGGCGCUACUGUCAAUGAUUUGCUCAGUGGGGAUUUGUUUCGAAGGCCAGAUCAACACCAGCGAAGGUCGAGUUUCCCGGAUCAAGUCAACGCCAGAGAUCACAGCAGUGAUGACGAGGAUGAUUUUGGCGUUCCCAUCCGUCGACGGAGAAGUCUGAGCCAUAGUUCCAACUUUCCGACCGCGAUGCGCAACAACAAUGAUGCUGAUCCAAUGUUUGAUUUGGAUUGA